CUCACUUCCUCGCGCGGAGGCUCCCGUGCUAGGCCAGUCUCAGCGAGUCCUUCCGAGAGUAUGGAGCCGAGCGCGUCGCGGCUGUCGGCGGCCACCGAGACGGCAUGAGGGCGGCCGCCUGCCUCGGACUUUCUCGACCGCAGCGUGCCGUGCACCGGACUUCCCCGGCACCGCCACAAAACAACGAACGAGUUUGACUUUUAAAUCGUUUUUCCACCCUCGCACCUGUGAAGGAUUUCUUAUCUAAGAAAAAAAUCAAAAGAAGCACUUUUUGGAGGGAGAGUUUGACUGUGGAAUUAUCGCGUACACUUUGUUGCCUGCACGGAUAAACAUUGGGUGGGCUCCGGGGACGCCAUGCAAUCUUUGGGUGGCACCUGAGCCGGCGCGGGGCCUCGCUUUCCUUUGGCUUCGCCUCACCGGGAUGACGGCAGCAGCGUGGCGUUGGCUGUGGCUGGCAUGCGUCCUACUGGCCGCGUGCGCCACGGCGGCCAGGCUGCCCGUCGCCGAGCCCUCGGAUGCGGUGUCCAGCGAGACGGCCUUCCUGGAGGACUUUGUCCUGGGCGUGGGGGACACCCUGGAAAUGUCAUGUGACCCAGAGGAGGAGUCAGCCCGCCCCGCCGUUUGGUACAAGGACAGCGAGGUGCUGUUGCCUAGCGACCGGAUACGGCCCGGCCCGGGGAUUCUGCGCAUCGUCAACGUGUCCUACGAGGACUCGGGCGUGUACGCCUGCCGACUGACCCGCAACAACAAGCUACUCAGCAACUACACCAUCCGGGUGACAGAUUCACUGUCGUCCGGCGAUGAUGAAGAUUACGAUGAAGAUCCAGAAGAUGCAGGUAAUGGCAAUGAAGCUCCAUACUGGACCAGGCCAGACCGGAUGGACAAGAAGCUGCUGGCGGUGCCAGCGGCCAACACGGUCAAGUUCCGCUGCGCGGCGUCGGGCAACCCCACACCCACCAUUCACUGGCUCAAAAACGGCAAAGAGUUCAAGGGGGAGCAACGCAUGGGCGGCAUCAAGCUGCGGCACCAGCAGUGGAGUUUGGUGAUGGAAAGCGCCGUGCCGUCGGAUCGCGGCAACUACACGUGCGUGGUGCACAACAAGUACGGCACCAUCACGCACACCUACCAGCUGGAUGUGCUUGAGCGCUCGCCGCACAGGCCCAUCCUGCAGGCGGGCUUGCCGGCCAACCAGUCGGUGGUGGUGGGCAGCGACGUGGAGUUCCACUGCAAAGUCUACAGCGACGCCCAGCCGCACAUCCAGUGGCUCAAGCACAUCGAGGUCAACGGCAGCCGCUAUGACUCCGACGGUGGACCCUACGUCAAAAUCCUCAAGACGGCCGGUAUUAACACCACGGACAACGAGCUGGAGGUGCUCCUGGUGUCCAACGUGUCUUUCGAGGACGCGGGCGAGUACACUUGCCUGGCGGGGAACUCUAUCGGCUUUGCUCACCACACUGCUUGGCUCACGGUGCUCCCAGCAGUGAGUCCAGAGAAGGAGGACUACUACGCCGACAUCCUGAUCUACGUGACAGGCUGCGUGCUCUUCAUCCUGGCCGUGGUCAUUGUGGUCCUGUGCCGCAUGCGCAUGAGCGCCCAGAAGACGCUGCCCGAGCCGCCCGUGCAGAAACUCUCAAAGUUCCCGCUCAAGAGACAGCAGGUGUCCUUGGAUUCUAACUCGUCCAUGAACUCCAACACGCCGCUGGUGAGGAUCGCCCGGCUGUCGUCCAGCGACGGGCCCACGCUGGCCAACGUCUCUGAGCUGGAGCUGCCCUCCGACCCCAAGUGGGAGUUUUCCAGAGCACGGCUGACCCUGGGCAAGCCUCUCGGCGAGGGCUGCUUCGGUCAGGUGGUGAUGGCCGAGGCCAUCGGCAUCGACAAGGAGAAGCCCAACAGGCCGCUGACUGUCGCCGUGAAAAUGUUGAAAGAUGACGCAACAGAUAAAGAUUUGUCCGACCUGGUGUCUGAGAUGGAGAUGAUGAAGAUGAUCGGUAAACACAAAAACAUCAUCAACCUGCUCGGAGCCUGCACGCAAGACGGUCCGCUGUACGUUCUGGUGGAGUACGCCUCCAAAGGCAACCUGAGGGAGUACUUGAGGGCGCGUCGGCCGCCGGGCAUGGACUAUUCCUUUGACACGUGCAAAAUUCCCGACGAGCAGCUGACUUUCAAAGACUUGGUGUCCUGCGCCUACCAGGUGGCCCGAGGCAUGGAGUACCUCGCCUCACAGAAGUGCAUCCACCGAGACCUGGCGGCUAGGAAUGUCCUGGUGACUGAGGACAACGUCAUGAAGAUUGCCGACUUUGGGCUGGCCAGAGAUGUGCACAACAUAGACUACUACAAAAAGACCACCAACGGUCGUCUCCCCGUCAAGUGGAUGGCGCCCGAGGCUCUCUUCGACCGGGUCUACACUCACCAGAGCGAUGUGUGGUCGUACGGCGUCUUGCUGUGGGAGAUUUUCACGCUGGGAGGCUCGCCAUACCCGGGCAUCCCCGUGGAGGAACUCUUCAAGCUGCUCAAGGAGGGCCACCGCAUGGACAAGCCCGCCAACUGCACACACGAGCUGUACAUGAUCAUGCGUGAGUGCUGGCACGCCGUGCCAUCGCAGAGGCCGACGUUCCGCCAGCUGGUGGAAGAUCACGACCGCGUUCUGUCCAUGACAUCCACCGAUGAGUACUUGGACCUGUCGGUUCCGCUGGAGCAGUACUCGCCCGCAUGCCAGGACUCCAACAGCACCUGCUCUUCGGGCGACGACUCUGUGUUCGCCCACGACGCCGCACCCGACGAGCCCUGUCUUCCCAAGCAGCUUCCCUCCGCCAACAACACUCAGACAUGAAACCUCAGCUGGAGCAGUGAGGGGUGGGGGGGGUACCCGGUGUAACCCGGUGUAACCCGGUGUACCCCGGUGUACCCCGGUGUACCCCGGUGUACCCCGGUGUACCCCGGUGUACGUGAGUACCGUCCCCCCUUCCUGAUAAUCACCUCACCUCGCGCAGCCAGAGUGCUCGGGAAACUUUGAGGGACUUUUUUAUCACAAAGUUUAUUUUUGUACACAGCCAGUCUUUUGUUACGGACAAUUUGCGGGAUGGGAGAAAGGGGGGGGGGGGGGCAACCAAUCUGUGCCUACCAGGAUGGAAGCUCCUGGAACGGAGAACUCUUCCAAAGGUUGGACUCGACGUUCUUCUAAAGUCCUCCGACAAGGCGGCUUCACUGACGAGUUCGUUGUAAAUACACACAUACAAAGAGGAGUUAGAUUGUCACAAAAAAAGCCUUUUGGACAAGACACUGUCAUCAAACAAAUGGUUGAAGUUUAUAAAAUAAUUAAGUUGUAUAUUUGUAAAGAUAUUUAUGGAUGGACAGGCGGUUGGGCUGAAAGUGGUGCGCCUAAAGCAACAUUUGCUUUCACUUUUAUCACUUACUCAUCACUUGGUUUGAAAGACACACUGGCAAAAAAAAAUAAGUCGUUUACUCGAAAAGAAAUGUUGGAAAGGCUCGAGAAAGAAAUUCAGAGUAGUUACGUUUCAAGGGGGAAAAGUCCAAAGAUUGCAAGAAUAAAUAAAGAAAAAAGUCUCAAAGGUACUAGAAUUUUUUUUUUUUACAUUCUUUUAAAAGAAAAACACAUGGCAGUGCGAUAAGGAUAAACAUUAGCGGAGCAAACUAUUUUCCAAACAUUAUUCCGAUUUUAUUCUCACAAUUUUCGGACUUUUACUUGGAACUUAACCAAUUUUUCUUGUAACGCUGCACCUUUUUCCCAGCCCUUAUUAUUCUACUUGUGUUUGUAUUUUUACUUUCCAGUGUGUCACAGCUCCUCCCCAUUUUUAGCCGUUAGCUCGUGUGUUCACCAUUUUUUAAAUUUUUUGAAGAAGCGGAGAAACUCCUGCUGGGUUGUGGCUUGCGAAGACUACGUUCACGUCUUGCUGGCCAAGAGGCGUUGAGCAUGCUUGAGGGAUUUCUUUUUUUUAAAACUCCAAGCCCCAUCAUGCUUUGCACCACAAUGGAUAAGCAACUCGACAAGUGGAAGGAAAAAGCAAUAUUUGUGUGCGUGUGUGUGAACGUUGCUCUUCAGUGUUAAACAUGACAUGAAGUCAUGCUGAGUGUGCACAGCCAAAAGUGGGGGAAAAAAAAGAUUUUAUUGACUUUUUUUCGUUCUGUACUGUAUAUGUGCUGAAUUGUUCAUCAAAGUGCCAAAUGAAGUCUUAAACGUGAGUUGCCCAAAGCAUUUUUGGGAUGCACGCUUUUGAGAACAAGCAGGAAAAAAAAAAAAGUACGUUUUUAAAACAUUGCAUAACAUUUGCAGCGUUUCAGAAAGGAUUCCUUGCUUGCUGCUACUGGGGAAAAAUAUCAUCCCCACAAUACCGUAUGAGUACUUAGUCUUUUGUCCCCUUUUAGUGCUUAAUUCUGCUGUGUGGUGAAAAAACACCAAAUAUUUUGCCAAUGGUGAAAAACAGGAUUCAAUCAAGUCUUCCCUAUUUUUUUUUCAACUUUGUGAUAAGAAGCAAAAAUAGAAGGCAUUUGUGUAAGAAAAAGUGAAGAAGAUGAAACGGAUGUUUUUAUUAUUUAUUCUUCCAUGCUGUGUCAAAGCUUUCCCUAUGGUGAGAGUCUUUAUUCAAGCUACCUGCGUUUAGUGUUUUUUUUUUUGUCAUUUAUUUGAGAGCCAGAUGAUAGUCCUCACGUAAUGCCGCUCCCUAGCUUUCACGCUAACCUCGUGAGCAAUUUAAGCGUUUUUGCCACUUUGCAGUGUUAAAAAACUUUAACAAAAAUCCGAAACAAAUACGACAUUAUUCAACCUUAGGUUUAAUGCUAACACAAGCAGCUAACAUAUUAGUGUUUGUUUGUUUAAUUGUUUGUUUGUUUGUUUGUUUGUUUGUUUGUUUCAUGGUAGCGUUGACCUGCCCUUGUACAAAAUAUUUCGGCUAGGAUUUUAUUUUUUUUCUUUACAAAUUUGAAGCCUGAAAUGGUGAUGCUGAAAAAAUUUGUAACAACUGAACGCUUGGCGGGCAGCAACUUCUCUCACAUUUGCGUCAAAAACGCUGACAAUGGCGACUCAUCAGCUUUUUUGCUUUUAACUGUUUUUUUUAAUGUCAGUUUGACUCUUUGAGCUGGAAAUGUUUUGUUUAUUUUUCACACGCAAUGUUUUAUUUUCGGUCAGAUUAAUUUAUAGUUUGGAACGUGCUUGCUGUUGUACAUAAGAGACAUUAGACUUUUUUGUUAGAGUUUUAUUUAGCAAUGCGUGCUAUUUUUGUUUUGCAUUCCACUUUAGAGCGUUUAGCAGCGGGCUUGUACCACGUAAUUUAUUUUCAAUAACAUAGUAAAGUGGAACUAACCAUUUGGCAUUCGUGGCCUCUGACGAUGAUGAUGACGGAUGCUGCGGAACAUUCCGGCACGAGGCGGUGAAACGUGUGGCCGUGCCUGCCUGACAAAACCAUGUAGCUGUCUGUCAACAAACAGCUUCUCAAUAAACAGCUUAUAUGUUUCAUAAAUGAA